UUAGUUCUCACAGACCAACACAUUCUCUCACCCUGACAGAUGCAGUGUGAUGUUCUAGGAGCAGAAACGCUUGCGUUGGGUCCACAGCUGGAGAGGGGAAGGGUCUGCCUCAUUUGCAGACGGUGACAUUUACAUCGUGUCCCGCCUACAAGGCGUGGAGUCGUGCGUGCCUCAUUUCCACUAGUCUCUCACCGGGGAUAAGAGACCGACUAUAGAUGGCGCAGAUACGGGAGGUUUUCUUUUCUCUUCUCCUGUAGGUUGUUAGCGAUAAGGCAGCCAUGCCCCCCCCAGCUGACAUUGUGAAGGUUGCCAUAGAAUGGCCCGGUGCCAACGCUCAGCUCAUAGAGAUGGACCAGAAGAGACCUUUGUCCUCUAUUAUUCGGGAGGUGUGUGAUGGCUGGUCUCUGUCAGGCUCCGAGCAGUUUGCCCUGCGUUACGCUGACGGUCCACAGCUUUAUAUCACCGAGCAGAGCCGCUGUGACAUUAAAAAUGGGACCAUCCUUCGAUUAGCAAUUUCCCCCGCUCGUGCUGCUCGUCAGCUGCUGGAGAGGAUCCAGUCUCAUGGGAUUGAUGCUCGCCUUGAGGCUCUAAAAGAGCUCGCCAAGUUGUCCGCAGACCCGACCUUUGCCACAGAGUUCAUAAACAUGGAGGGCAUUGGGACUCUGGCUCGCCUUGUAGAAAGUGGCACCCAUUUUGGGGAAAUGCUGGCCUUCACGCUCACCGCUUUCCUGGAGCUGAUGGAUCACGGCAUUGUGUCAUGGGAUCUUAUCUCCCUCUCCUUUAUCAAACAGAUUGCAGGCUACGUGAACCAGCCCAUGGUGGACGUGUCCAUCCUGCAGCGCUCUCUCGCCAUCCUGGAGAGCAUGGUGCUGAACAGCCACAGCCUGUACCACCGCGUGGCCCAGGAGAGCACCGUGGGACAGCUCAUCGGGCACCUGCAAGUGUCAAAUCAGGAAAUCCAGACAUACGCCAUCGCUCUCAUCAAUGCUCUUUUCCUGAAGGCCCCAGAGGACAGACGGCAGGAAAUGGCGAGCACUUUGGCUCAAAAACACCUGCGGUCCAUCAUCCUAAAUCAUGUCAUCAGAGGGAAUCGACCAAUCAAAGCUGAAAUGGCACAUCAGCUGUAUGUGCUGCAGGUCCUGACCUUUAACCUCUUGGAGGAAAGAAUGAUGACCAAAAUGGACCCUAAUGAUCAGUCUCAGAGAGACAUCAUUUUUGAGCUUCGUCGGAUCGCCUUUGAUGGAGAAAGCGAUCCCACCGGUACGGAGAAGAGGAAAGCCAUGUACACCAAGGACUACAAGAUGCUAGGAUUCACUAACCACGUGAACCCAGCCAUGGACUUUACCCAGACUCCUCCUGGGAUGCUGGCCUUGGAUAACAUGUUGUAUCUGGCUAGAGUGCAUCAGGAUACUUACAUCAGGAUCGUGCUGGAGAACAGUAGCCGGGAGGAUAAACAUGAAUGUCCGUUUGGUCGCUGCGCCAUCGAGCUCACUCGAAUGUUAUGUGAAAUACUUCAAGUCGGAGAACUACCAAAUGAGGGUUGUAACGAUUACCACCCCAUGUUCUUCACCCAUGACCGAGCCUGGGAGGAGUUCUUCUGCGUCUGCAUUCAGCUGCUCAAUAAAACCUGGAAGGAGAUGAGAGCUACUGCUGAGGACUUCAAUAAGGUGAUGCAGGUGGUUCGUGAGCAGAUCACCAGGGCUCUGGCCAUGAAGCCGUCAUCCAUAGACCAGCUGAAGAAUAAACUGCGCGGACUCAACUACUCAGAGAUUCUGCGUCUGCGGCAGUCGGAAAGAAUGAGCCAGGAUGACUUCCAGUCCCCACCUAUCAUAGAGCUGCGGGAGAGAAUUCAGCCUGAGAUAUUAGAGCUCAUCAAACAACAGCGACUCAACCGGCUGUGUGAAGGAAGCUGCUUCCGGAAGCUGGGCAACCGUCGAAGGCAAGAGAAGUUUUGGUUCUGCAGGCUCUCCCUUAAUCACAAAGUGCUGCACUACGGAGACUUAGAUGAGUCACCUCAGGGUGAAGUGCCUUUUGAGCUGCUGAGUGACAAGAUUCCCAUCUCCGAUAUAAAGUCUGUGCUGACAGGGAAGGACUGCCCUCAUAUGAAAGAGAAAAGUGCUCUAAAACAAAACAAGGAGGUGCUGGAGUUGGCCUUCUCUGUCCUCUACGAUCCAGACGAAACGCUCAAUUUUGUUGCGCCCAACAAGUAUGAGUACUGCAUCUGGACCGAUGGUCUCUGUGCGCUGUUGGGCAGAGAAAUGGGCAGUGACCUGACACGCAGCGACCUAGAUACCCUCAUGAGCAUGGAGAUGAAACUCCGCCUCCUUGACCUUGAGAACAUCACAAUCCCUGAAGCUCCACCUCCGGUGCCAAAGGAGCCUAGCUCUUACAACUUCACCUACAACUACAGCUGAGAUGUGUGAAUGUUUACGUGUGCAUGUAUAUGUAGGAAAACGGACGGGUUUUAUGAUGAGUUUAGCUGCAUACGCACACCCCUGAAAAGGCGUUUUCCCCCUCUUAAAGGUUUUUGUGUUUGUGACGCCAUCAUGGUUGGCAGAUGAGAAUAAUCAAUACAAAAACUACAGAACAGAUUCACUGAAUAGUUCAGUCUCAAAGCAGUUUUUAAUAUUUAUUUUUUCUGAUUUAAAUAGAAACAAAAUUGGAAUAAAAGGAUCACAAUUUGCAAAUGAACUUUCACUUUCUUUGUCAGAUGAAAUGAAACUUGUGUUUAGUGUCCAUGGCAACUGAGAAUGAAAUAGCUGCAUUUUAACUUUUGUGUUUACUCAAACACUCCCUCCAUUUUUAAAGAGGAACGGAAAAUGAUCAGUUCUACAUUAAUAUUGUCAUCUCAUCAAGAACUCAGUGAUGAUUCAGGGCCAGGAUGGAGGGAAAUCUCUUCAUAAGGCUCUUUGUCCAUUGGGCUGGGAAAUGUGUUGGCAGUGCUUUCAUUUUCCUGAGCUAUUAAAGUCUGUAAAUGGGCCUAGAACUGGUCCAGUCACCGGUGCUGAAACCUUUAGUAUCUUCAAAUUCAGAUUGCACGUUCUAAAGUCGUUAUUGAAUGUCCUGUUUUUCAGCUCUAAUUCUGACUGAAUCUGUAACAGUUACUGGCUCGGUGCUGGCAGCGAGCGGAUGCCAGAACACAGCUGAGUCCUGCUGGCCCAGCCUCAACUGGACAAGAUCCUCUACAUUUAUUUUGCCAAAUAUUGUCACUCACUUGCUUCAUCAUACAAAUGCACCGUUUCUUCCACAGUUCUACAACAUAAACCCAUUCAUUAAAUAAAUACAUCAGAAUUACGUGUGAUAA